UAGCGCUUGGCGCGCGCGGGUUCAAACCGCAACGGCGCGGCCGGGAGCAGGGGACACGCACGCGGGCACGGGGAUGGACAUGGAGAGCCGGCGGACACCCGACGGGCGCGGCCAGAGGAGGAAGGCCGACGCGGGGCCGUCUUCUGUCGUUAUCCCGGCCUCCCCCUUCAUGCAGAAGCUCGGGUAUGGAACCGGGGUGAACGUGUAUCUCAUGAGAAGAUCUCCUAAAGGCUUGUCCCGUUCCCCCUGGGCCGUGAAGAAAAUAAAUCCCAAGUGUAACACCAAGCAGCAAAAUAUAUACCAGGAGAGGCUGAACGAAGAGGCCAAGAUCCUGAAACACCUGCAGCACCCGAACAUCGUGGGCUACCGUGCGUUUGCUGAGGCCAGUGAUGGGAGCAUGUGUCUGGCGAUGGAGUAUGGGGGAGAGAAAUCUCUCAACGACUUAAUCGAAGAGCGAAACGACAAGAACCUGGGCCCUUUCCCUGCCGCUACCAUUCUCCAAGUUGCCCUGAACAUGGCCAGGGGGCUGAAGUAUCUGCAUAACGAUAAGAAGUUGCUUCACGGAGACAUCAAGUCUUCAAACGUUGUCAUCAAAGGCGACUUCGAGGCCAUCAAGAUCUGCGACGUGGGGGUGUCCCUGCCCCUGGAUGAGAACAUGACCGUGAGCGACCCGGAGGCACGCUACAUCGGCACGGAGCCGUGGAAGCCCAAGGAAGCCCUGGAGGAGGACGGCGUGAUCACCGACAAGGCCGACAUCUUUGCCUUCGGGCUGACCCUAUGGGAGAUGAUGACCCUUUCGGUGCCGCACGUGAAUCUGCUCAUGCAGGACGACGACGAGGAGGAAGACGAGUCUUUCGACGAAGACGACUUCGACGAGGACGCGUACUACGCCGCCCUGGGGACCAGGCCGCCCCUCAACAUGGAGGAACUGGACCCGUCCUAUCAGCACGCCAUCGAGCUGUUCUCCGUCUGCACCAGCGAGGAGCCGGCGAAGCGCCCCUCCGCGGCUCAUAUCGUCACCAUCUUGGAGGCCGGCGCGCAGCAGCCGUGACCGCCCGAGAUUCGCCUGCGGCCCGGAGGCUUCUGCACGUCGGUUUUGGGUUCCCCGUGUAUCCUACGCAGGGAUCUGGUGUAAUUUAAGGGGUUUCUUGAGAUAGCGGAGACUUGCCAGGCAAAUGGCAUUGCUAGAACUUCCAAUUGCUGCAAGUCUCCUCCUUCCCGCGUCUCGUGUUUAGAGCAGUCCACAUCCUUAGAGAAUUCCUCUAGCAAUUGUCUCUGUCCCAUAGCUUCAAACCAGCUGGCGACCAAUUCCCCAGCCCUGCGAGCCACGGCCGCAUCCUGCGGGCAGGGUUGAUCUGCGGGUGCAGCCGGCACUGCGCUGGCCCCGCUCGCCAGAUCCGGCUGCAAGCAACCCUCCAUGUCAGCCCAACCGAGCCCACGCGCUGGAUACAGCCGUGGCCCAACCCUGCGUCGCCUGGCCCCCGGGACUGCCCGUGCCUCUGGGAUUUUGGCAUGGGGGGAGCAGCAGCCGUGUUUAUUGCUGUGGCUUCCGGAGCUGGAGGCUGAAAGCCACGGCUUUAAACAAAUACCGAGCAGCUGGGAAGCACUAAUGCUAGUCCUGGAGGAACGGGGAUUGGUAAACGCCUGGCUUGUGAGCCAAGCAGUCUUCCAGCCAUGCAGAAAACCUCAUACGUCGCAGGCUCCCUAUAAACCUUCUCCCAGCUAGUGCUUCUGACUGGCACGUCGGGCCCUUGUUCCAUGUAGGAUAAUAGUUUAGUAUUUAUAUAUUUCCCCUUCUCCCAGCUGGUUUUGUUUGUUUAACUCUGUCAUUGUUUUCCUGUAGCUUGUCUUCUAACACAGUAAACCGUGUUUUGGA